AUGGCUCAUGAGAUUCCCUCUCGGCACCGCGGUCUGGUGAUCGAGUCGGUCCAGAAGGACUUGAGCGGCGUCCAUGUCAAAUCGCUCCCAACACCGCAAGUUGAAACGGGCAGCACGAUCGUGCGCAUCCUCGCUGCCGGUGUGAUCUCGUACCAGCGCCAAAUCUACGAUGGCACGCGCGACUAUCCCUUCCCCAAGCCCAUGGUCGGUGGGUACAGCGCCAUCGGGCGCGUGGUCGCGGUCGGACGUGAUGCCGUGUCGCUGCAGCCCAACCAGCUGGUGUACGUCGACUGUGUCAUCCGUGGUCGCGAUGAUCCGGAGGCCAUGUUCCUAUCUGCCAUCUCGGACGGCGUUAACGCGAGCUCGGCUCGGCUGAUGAAGGACGUCUGGCGCGACGGCGUGUUUGCCGAGUUCGCCAAGUUCCCCCUGGAGAGUUGCGUGCCUCUCGACGAGGCGAGGUUGUGCCAGGGUUUGGGUUAUGAUGUCAAAGACCUGGUGUACAUGAGCUAUCUGCUUGUGCCUUUCGGCGGUCUGCGAGACAUCAGAGUUGAGCCCGGGGAGACGGUGGUCGUGUGUCCGGCGACGGGCGGGUUCGGCGGUGCUGGUGUGCAAGUCGCCGUCGCCAUGGGCGCCAGAGUCAUCGCCAUGGGCCGGAACGAACAGGAGCUGGCAAGGCUGAAAGCGCACGUCGUCGAGGGCACCCCCGGCGCCGCCAUCGAGACGGUCAAGAUGACUGGAGACGAGGACAAGGACACCGCCGCUCUGCAGGCGUUCGGACUCAUCGACGCCGUGUUGAGUCUCGUGCCGCAGUCAGUGGGCCAGUCGCCGCACCUGAACAGCGCCAUCAUGGCCCUGCGCCGGAAGGGUCGCAUCAGUCUCAUGGGAGCCUUGGACGUGGGCCCGAUCCCGAGCUUUCACAUCGUUGCAAAGGACAUCACGAUCAAGGGGAAACUCAUGUAUGAGAGGGAGGAUAUGCGCUUGUUCGUGAAGAUGCUGGAAGGUGGUCGCUUUUCACGAAGCCCCAACUUUGUGGAUUUGAAGACCUUCCCGUUGGAUGAUUGGAAGACUGCGUUGGACAUCGCAGCUGAGUAUACGGGGAUUGCGAGGUUAGUGGCGAUAACACCAUAA